GGUUCCUCGUGCCGCCAUAAGAUCCCCUCACCAGGAGGCCGCUCCUUCUUCUCCCCGCCGCCGCCGCUUGCUCCGCCGCAGGUUUUGCCAAGAUGGCGGUGCCGUUGCUGACGAAGAAGAUCGUGAAGAAGCGGGUGAAGCAGUUCAAGAGGCCGCACAGCGACCGCUACAUCGGCCUCAAGACAAGCUGGCGCAGGCCAAAGGGUAUUGACUCCCGUGUCAGGAGAAAGUUCAAAGGAUGCACUUUGAUGCCUAAUAUUGGCUAUGGUUCUGACAAGAAGACGAGGCAUUACCUUCCCAACAAAUUCAAGAAGUUUGUCGUCCACAAUGUCUCUGAGUUGGAGCUGCUUAUGAUGCACAACAGGACAUACUGUGCUGAGAUUGCCCACAACGUAUCUACAAAGAAGCGCAAGGAGAUUGUGGAGCGUGCUGCACAGCUUGAUAUCGUUGUCACUAACAAGCUCGCUAGGCUUCGCAGUCAGGAGGAGGAGUAAAUUGUUUCGCAGCGUGCUGUUUUUGGCCGAGUUGUUUGUAGGAACCUAGCACCAAACUUCAGAUGUUCACUUAAUCCUUGUGUUUGUUUUGUUAUAUGAAUACCCCGUUACAUUCAGUGAUCAGCCGUGCUCUUAUCACUAUUUUACUGUACACUUCAGCACUGCGUUAGCUUUCUAUGUAACGAGUGCUUGUCACACUGAUAGCAUCAUAUUUACCCCUAGCCGAGAAACACGAGCUCUUGUAGUGAAAAUGGCAUGCUUUGUGCACUGAGAUUCUACGUUUCUACUACUAGUUUUCUACUGACCUCUGGAAAACUAAGAAUUUCAUUGCACAAUGCACACUGCUGCGAUGUUUGGAGCAUGACAAAUCGUGGACAUUUCUGUAUCUGCCAGUGCAAAGAUUGAGAUGUUCCUGUAUGAUGUAAAAUGCAGUUC